AUGGAAUCGAGCAACAGUUCAACGGAAUACACAACAUUCGAGCGAGUUCUUUCGCUAACAGUGGGCAUUCUUCUACUGCUAGUAUCUCUUGGGUCAGUUAUUGCCAACACCUUGCUCUUAUCUGCCAUUUACUUCGACCCUUUGAAAUGCUUUCGUAAAGUACCGAUUGUAUUUAUCACAAAUUUAGCCCUGGCAGAUUUACUGACGGGACUCCUUGUCGACCCAUUGUACGCUGUUUACGAUUUUGGGAUAUUUCAAAAGAAACACUACGACACAACGCUUACAGUCGGCGACUAUAACUCCUAUAUUACAGUAAACAACGCUAUUGUCACAAUAAUUAUACUCACUAUCGACCGAAGUGUUGCUAUCAAAAAACCGUUUCUUUAUCGACGAGUAAUGACGCUAAAAACAGCAGCAAUAAUUGUGGCCAUUUCGUGGAUGUAUUCGGGAUUUUUUAGCACAUUUCGCCUGAUGGGAAUGUCUGACGAAGCUUAUAUCUUACUGGACACUCAUUUGCACGUCACAUUCGCGUUUCUUUCACUAACAUGCUUAUUUGGAUUCAUUUAUUCAAAUUUAAAAGCAGAGAAAGGACGGCAACUUAGAGAAGUCACUUCAAUGAACAAUAUCGAUAAGGCGACCAAGAAAAAACUACAAGAAAUUAAAACAGACAAACGUCUUUUAGUGACAAUCUUUCUGAUUCUAUUCAUAUUUUUCCUAACUUAUUCGCCCUACGCUAUUUUCAUUCAUUUGGAAUUUUACUGCGUCACCUGUCGCGAUAGCAAAGUUUACUACAUCUUGAGUAAGACGUCUGAGCCCGUAGUGUAUCUGAACAGCGUUCUCAACCCAUUUAUCUAUGCGUGGCGACACAAGAACUUUCGUAAGGCAUUACUGUGGGUCGUUAAGUGCCGUGGAAGGAGAAAGCAGCAGGCAAAAAGACGAGAGAAUGGAACAAAUCCUGACAACAAUACGACUGAAGAAUGA